AUGUCUUCCUCCAACUUCCACACAACCACCCAAGACUUGCGCAAGCCUGAGUCCAAAGUCUCCCGAGGCGGCGUGACUCCAGCUGACUCGGACCUUUCAAUCAUGAAGUCCGUCCUUGACUCCGGCACCGACAAACAAAAACAAAUCGAGCAAGUUAGCCAAAAUCUUCCCCUUCCAGACCAACCACCCGUUGCCAGCGACUGGAACUCAGCCGAUCAGCGAACCGUCAACGUUGGCUCCGGCCGCGUCGAAGGUCCCGUUUCGGGCGAAGGCAACAGUGCUCUUCGUGGACCGGCUACUGUGGCCAGCAGCGCCCGUAUUGAUGGUGAGGAGUUUCAUAAGGCCACUGCGCCUGGAUCGGGUGUUGGUCGACAGGGCGAAGAGGGAUUAGAUCAUUUGCCCAAGGAUGCUCGUACCCGAUAA